AUGGAGAACAAUCAUCAGUAUGCGUGCAGAGAGUACUGGAAUGAAAGGUUCCUGGAAGAGGAGCAGUUUGAAUGGCUAGCAGACUUUGACGCCUUCAAACAUUUGGUUUUGCCGCAUCUGAAGUUGGAUUCAAGAAUAUUACAUGUCGGAUGUGGUUCCAGUCAAAUGUCUAUGCAACUCUAUAACAUGGGAUACAAGAAUAUCACGAAUGUAGAUUACUCGGAGGUGCUGGUGGACUCCCGUAGAAGCAGUUCUCCCAACAUGAAAUGGAUAUGCGAUGACGUCCGCAGUCUUGCAAGUAUUCCUUCCGGUUCAUUUGAUGUUGUCAUUGAAAAAGCUACAUUAGAAGCAUUGUUGGUCACGGAAAAGAGCCCUUGGAAUCCGUCAGAUGUUGCCCUGGAAACAAUCGAUAGCGUGUUCGAAUCUAUAGCAAGGGUUCUAACUGGUGAUGGCAUCUUCAUAUCCAUUUCAUUCACUCAGCCCCACUUUCGUGUCCCUGCCCUCCUUCGACAGGAAAAGUGGUCCGUGUCAGUCGAAGAGUUCGGAGAAUUCUUCCACUACUUCGUAUACGUCAUGCACUGCAGGUUGCAGACCUCAAGAGAAGUGAAGGAUAGAUUUGCAAGUAUUGCACCAGACUGGAGUAGAAAGAUUAAAGCUGCUAAAUAA